AUGGUGGGCACAAACUCUCUCUCUACCCAGGCCUCGCAGACUACUGUAGGCGGCUCCCGUGUCGCUGCAACAAGGAAGCGGGUUACAUCGAAGAGUUCUACUGCUUCUAGCGGCGCUGCUACCAUUUCGAGGCCCCGAUCGAAUGCAGCAAAUCAAGGCAUUCUUAAGUUCUACACGGAAGACGCUCCAGGCCUCCGAGUGGGCCCACAAGCGGUGUUGAUAAUGGCGUUGGUGUUUAUGGGGGUUGUCGUGAUGCUGCACAUCGUAGGAAAGAUACGUCAGGCAGCAAGCGCCUGA